GCAGCUCCAAAUUGCCCCCCUACAACCGCCGGCGCAAUUCCUCGCCCAGGAAUCCGCCGCUCGCAAUGGCACCCCUCCUCGACGACGACUUCAUCUUCACAAUUUCCGACACCGAGGACGUCCCCGUCGAGGACGACACCACUCCCCCACCGCCCUCUGCAAAAGACAAGAAACGCAAGCGCGACGCUGAUGAUGGCGGCUCUAAGAAGACUAAGAAGGCGAAGAAGGGCAAGAACAAGGUUGAUAAGGUUAUGGUGAGGGGCGUGCAGGCCGUGCCUGGUGCUGCAGAAAACGACGAAGAGGAUGGGGAUGGGGAUGAGGUCAAAGAUGACGGCGCUAUGGCGUCCGAUUUUGAGUUCGUGGUCGGCGAUGUUGAGACGGGGGUCAUGGAUGACUUCGAUGGGUGGGGUUUGGGACAGCAGGGGCAGGGGCAGGGGCAGGGGCUGAAAAGGGAGGAGGGGAGGGGGACGGCGGUGGAUUUGGAUGAGAUUGUUGAGAGGAGAAGGGGGGAGGGGGAGUCGGUAGUGAAAAUUAGUGAAGGAAACGAGGAGAAAGAGGAAGGCUUCACAGGGUUCGAGGAUGAGGAUGAGCUACUAGCCGAAGACGGCUUUGGGAUGGGUGUCGCUAGCGACGAAGAAGAGGAAUCGGACGAGGAAAGGGAUGAUGAUGAGGGUAACGAGGAUGAAAGCAUAGAAGAAGGGCAGGACGAAGGAGACUCGGACGAUGAUUCUGUCGCCGCUCCCGUUCCGCAUCCGCUCGACCAGCAGUCGGACGAUUCCUCAGAUGAUGAGCGAGAAGACCCCGAAGAAGCUAGGAAACGAGAAGCAUUCUUCGCACCGGAAGAGAAACUCGAAGGCCUCAAGCCAUCUACAAAGACAAAGGGCACGUUCCAAAGCAUGGCUCUAUCCCGUCCUAUCAUGAAAGGACUCGCGUCCGUGGGGUUCACCGAACCAACCCCUAUCCAACUGAAGACUAUCCCCGUCGCUCUACUCGGUAAAGACGUCGUUGGAGGAGCUGAGACUGGUUCUGGAAAGACAGCCGCUUUCGUUAUACCCAUCCUCGAACGACUUCUCUACAGACCGAAGAAGGUCCCGACUACUCGCGUUGCCAUUCUCAUGCCAACACGUGAAUUGGCGGUCCAGUGCUUCAAUGUCGCUCGAAAGCUCGCAAGCUUCACCGACAUUUCAUUCGCGCAGCUCGUUGGUGGUUUCUCGCUCCGCGAGCAAGAAGCAGUCCUCAAAACUCGACCGGAUGUAGUGAUUGCUACUCCUGGUCGUUUCAUCGAUCACAUGCGCAACUCAGCCAGCUUCGCAGUGGACACGCUCGAGAUCUUAGUCCUUGAUGAAGCAGAUCGCAUGCUCGAGGACGGGUUCGCAGAUGAGCUUAACGAGAUCUUCACUACAAUUCCGAAGUCCAGACAAACGAUGCUGUUUUCUGCUACAAUGACGGAUACCGUCGACAAGCUUAUUCGAGUUGGACUUAAUAGGCCUGUCAGGUUGAUGGUUGAUGCGAAGAAGCAAACUGUGCAGGGCUUGGUUCAAGAGUUUGUGCGUCUGAGGACUGGAAAGGAGGAUCGAAGACUUGCAUACUUGAUGUAUCUCUGCGAAAAGCUGUACACUGACCGGGUCAUUAUCUUCUUCAGGCAAAAGAAGGAGGCGCAUAGAGUCAGGGUGGUGUUUGCUCUGUGUGGGAUGAAGGCUGCUGAGCUGCAUGGUAAUCUAAGUCAAGAACAGCGUAUUCAAAGCGUCGAGUCUUUCCGAUCCGGAAAAGCCUCCUACCUUUUGGCCACCGACAUUGCGUCUCGUGGUCUCGACAUCAAGAACGUUACCACAGUUCUUAACUAUGAGGCGCCGCAAUCUCAUGAAAUUUACCUCCAUCGAGUUGGUCGUACUGCCCGUGCCGGACGUACUGGCCGUGCUUGUACCAUUGCUGCGGAGCCAGACAGGAAAGUCGUAAAGGCUGCCGUCAAAUCGGCACGAACCCAAGGAGCAAAGGUCGUCAGCCGGCAGAUUCCAAACGAUGACGCAGAGGCUUGGGUAGAAAAGCUCAAGAACAUGGAGACAGAGAUUGAAGAGGUGUUGAAAGAAGAAAAGGAAGAGCGCGUGCUGAGCAUCACAGAACGCGAACUCAAGCGCGGAGAGAAUCUCGUGCACCACGAGAGCGAAAUUCUGGCGAGGCCUCGCCGCACGUGGUUUGAGACCGAGAAGGACAAGAAGGCGUCGAGGGAGAAGGGCGCGGUGGAGCUUAAUGGCGACUCACGGAUCAAAGCCAAGAAGAAGCUGAGCGGCAAGGACAGGAAGAAGUUGGAGCUCAACGAUGUCCGAAAGGAGGGAGGGACGUGGAAGAAGGGGAGUGCAGAGAGGGCAGGGAAGGGAGCGUUGGAAAAACCGGUGGUGAAGGGGAAGAAGGGCAAGGCUGGGGGGCCGCCUGAUGGCAAAACUAAAGGGAAGCCAAGGACCGGGAAGCCAAGGAGGUAGUGAAAGCUUUGCCAUUGGGGAGCCUGUCGAAAUAGCCAUUAGUCUGAUGAACUCUCUUGUCUAAUCAUACUCUAGUUCAGAUAGAUGCUCGAAUGCCACUGGUGAUGCU